AUGCCACCAUCAUCUCCCACGCAGACUGGUGGGCCUGCCACACCUGCUGCGAUAGCAGCACGAGAGCCGACCAAAACAGUACCGAAAGAGAGUCCGCUCGUGCAAACGAACGGCCCCGACGGACAGUCGCCGCCCCCACGGCCGGGCCACCAGAGACUCGUCUUCACCGACCCGGUUGCCUUCCGCUACCUGGAGGAGGAUCCGGCGACCAUAGUUUUACACCGGCGAAUGACUCUGGAUGGGUACGAGGUCUACAUUGUUGAGCAAUGGGCGUGCACUCGGAUUCAUCCAACUUUCAUCAUCACGACCUACACGGGGGAUCCAUCGCACAAAGUCGCCGUCGGGGUGCUGAGCGUCCCGACGGAUGAGUCGACGUGGUCGCCCCGUCUGCGGCUGUACUUCAACGCUGUGGUACAAUGCCAGGCACAGAAGCGAGACACCCCCCUGGGGACGCUGAUGGUCACCGAUCUCAGCAUCUUUCCGUGCGCCCUGGCACUCAUACCCGUCCCGGACGGCGAUGUCCUCAAACACAAGGACGAUUUCAUAGUCAAUGAAAACCUAAAGAGGUUAGGUUGCUCGGGCCGUGCCAGCUUGAAGCUGCAACCCCCGUCGCCUGCUACCGAAGCCAAAUUCCACCAACUCUACCGCACCAGCGAGAGAGUGCCCCUCUAUAGUGCCGUGGUCGAGCUGGUGAAACAGUGCCAGAUCGCCCUGAUGAUGUUCGGCAACCUGGCGCCGGAGUAUGUAGACGGUCUGCUCUGUGAUAUGACCGAGGCAGCCAUAGCCGAUUGGUGGACCGAGAUUGGGAUGGACUUGUACAACAUUGAACCCAGUGACAGUAUGCUGGGCCCCAUUUCGGUCUCGGCUCUUCUCGGAACUCUUAUCGGAGCCCGGAAUCGGCUGCAUGCGUUCGGUGCCCCCGUUGGCAAGGACGCGUUCGACAUCCCGAACCUCAAACGAGGGAUCGGGAGCUUCCAGAAAUCACAGAAGAUAAAACGGACCAGACGGCUGGACCGCCAGACCCUGGACCGAUUACAUCGAGUCACUGCGAAAGCUGCGAAUGCCGAGGGCUGGACCGACGCGGUGAAGUCAACGGUGGCCGAGCUGAGCGGGCAUGGCGGUGAAAUGGUGAUGGGGAUGGUUCGGGGGCGCGAAAAGGGCGGUAUCGCCGAUAUUGAGACUUUGGACAUUGACACCUUUGCGCGGCUGGUCAAAGGCGAGAGGGCAAAGUGGCUGUGGAGGGGCAAACCACGCAAGGGUGCCAUUGGCGAGUCGAAACCUUCCGAAUCAGCCGCCAUCUUCGACGAGAAGGAUCAGAACCUGAGUAGUAUCGUGCGGAGAGGCGUGAGUGGAAAAGUGUCAGACGCGCGAGCGGGAUUUGGCAGAUUCAAAGACGCGGUGGGCUUGCGAUCACAUCCGUCGAAGCAUUCCCGGGAGGGGCAAUACGACUAUGGCGAUUCGUCUCACCUGCCUCCGAUUGACAGUGACACAGAACCAAGUCAGCCGAAAAAGCCCGACGGCGAUCCGAACACUGCAGAGCAAGGAAGCAUCCAUGAGUCCGAGGGCCGAGCUCUCAAGGAGGAUGCCGCGGCUGCCGAGUCUGCACCAAGCAUUGUGCCCCCACAAUCACCCGAAGCAAAGACACCCGCAAUCACGGUGGAGGCCGUUCCGGACACUGCCGACUCGGAGUCUGCCCACAAGGUCCCGGUCUUCCAGCCGGCAUCCGAGGAAGAAGUGCCCGACGAAGAGUCCCGCCGGAGGACUCCUUCGACAGACGUCUCCGCCGAUCGAGAGCGGACGCCCGACAUUGGGAUCAUGUUGCUGCGCCGGCCGCGGAGUUGCGCCCAGCUGCCAGGCUCGGAGGAGCGGUCGAUGCCCGAACGGACCGACGGCCACUGGCCACGGCAUCUGUCCUUCAGCACCGUGGAGGAGGUGGUGCUCGGCUGGGAUGAGAUCGGCGGCAACAUCCAGGAGCGGCCCGACGCCACCCUGGAGGAGGCGAUCCUCCACGAGGACGUCCUCGCCUCGGACGCCCGCCUCUUCAGCGGCCAGAUCCGCGAGCUGAGCGAGCAGACCGCCCCCUGGGUCGAGCAGCAGGUGACCUCGGUCGACGACCUCAGCCGCUGCCUGCACGAGAGCUACGAGAAGAUCAACGCCGCCUACCUGGAGCGGCUCGCGGUCUUCCAGCAGCUGCGCGGCAAAUCCACCGACCUGCUGUCCGAGGAGCACACCCACCUCACCGACUACAUGCGGCGGGUCGAGCUGAUGGGCGCGAAGCUGGACUACGAGCUCCACGUUCUCGAGUCCAAGGUCGAGGACGUCGAGGCCGGGCUCGGGGAGUUCGAACGCCAUGUCGCCGACGUGGAGACGAGGGUUCGGUUGCUGGUGCGCGGCGAGAAGGAGAAGGAUAGAGAGAGCAGCAGCAGUAGCAGCAGCAACGGUGGCUCCUGGUUGUCCUGGCUGGGCAAGUUGGUUGGUGUCUAG